CUGCAGCAGUGGCCAUGGAGAAGAACUCGUCGUCGUGGGAAAGUGCUGGUGCGCAAUCGCUUGCCUUCUUAGGGAACGCAGCGGUCAGCGGUGAAAGAGAACUUCACUUUCACUUGCGAGAGAUUGGCAUACAAUGCACGGGCUACGAUCAAUGUCUGGGGCUUGUUGUUGUCGCAGCAGCCAGCGCUAUCCUUUGGAAAAUCAUGUUCAAGAGUAGCCUCACAAACAAGCCACAUAAACCAAAAUCACGGAGGCUGCUGUCAGGGGCUCUUCCGCCAGUUUUUCCAAAUGGCUGGAUUCCUGUGCUUGAGUCGUCGGAACUUGUUCUAGGAAAAAUAAAAUCAGUCAGCGCCUUAGGUCAUGAAUUCGUCGCAGUCCGAUGUGAAGACGGAACGGCGCAAGUAUUCGACGCAUACUGCCCACAUUUGGGCGCCCACCUGGGAAUGAUGGGCCGUGUGGCGGGAGACAUCCUCGAGUGUCCAUUCCACGGGUGGAAGUUUGAUUGUAAAAACGGAUCUUGCACCCACGUGCCGUACUCCGCCAAAGCCCCUUCUUUCGUCAAGGUGAAGGUCUGGACGUCUAAGGAACUCCUCGGCCUGGUGUUCGUAUGGUACCACGCAGACGGCAAGGCACCCUCAUGGGACAUACCAGAGGAUAUACUGAGCCACACUCUGGAGUCGAAGUCCACGGGACGAUUCGAGCACUCGGUGCACUGCCACAUCCAGGACAUAGCUGAGAAUGGCGCCGACCCGGGUCACUUCAACAAGAUCCACAAGGCGAGCAGCUUGGUCAACGGCACCGAGUUCGAGAAGGACAUGGGCGAGUCGUGGAAGGGUCGCCUUUUCCAGCACCAAUGGGUGGCUACAUGGAGCCCGAAUAAGCACGAGGCUACGGUGACCAUUGAGGCCUUCAUAUCUAUCCUCGGCUGGAAGCCCGACUAUCUGCGUCAUCAUGUCGAGGCUCGCCAGAUAGGACCUGCACUGGUCGCUAUAUCCGUCUGGGGCCCUACAGGACACUACGUGGCCGUCCAAUCACUGAGACCAGAAGGCCCCUUCGACAUCAAAGUGGUACACAGGCUGUAUUUCGAGCCAGGAGUGAGUUGGCUGCUGCGGAGGUUCUACACCAUGACGCUGCGAAACAUGGUGGACCGAGACGCGGCGGUGUGGAACCACAAGUUGUACCUAAACAGGCCAGCGCUUGUCAAGGAAGACCAGUCGAUUGCCGCCUUCCGCAAAUGGUACUCACAGUUCUACAGCAGUAGCAGUCCUACGUGGCAGGAGAUACGCGAGCACACCUUGGAUUGGUGAUCGCGGACGUCCCACUGUGCCACAUGAACGCUGGACAUUGGGCCUGAACUUAAUUUCGUGGUAUACGCGAAUUUAUUUUCGAGCAUAGCUUCGCUGCCCGCUUCCCAAAUCGGGUAUCCGUGCAUCUUCCGGCGCUACCACUAUGCCGUGGGAGACGACGGAAAAAAGAACGGACAAAGGUCCUGUCGGGCUUCUGCACUCAAGGCAUUCGCUGCUCAGAAUCACAAGGACUCGUGAAUUGUGCGACCGACAUUGAAAGUUUGUAGCGCGUUGCAUCCUUCUAUCACCUUUUGUUACCUUUACCCCUUUCCCCAACACAGAGUAGCCAGCCUUUGUUUGCACUGACAAACCUCCAUGUUUUCCCCUCUCAUUUUUUCCCAUUAGGAAUUGUCAGUUAGCUUUCUUCAAUAACCCCGGCAUAGCGACUGCUAUUUGUCGGCACAUUUACAAGGUGUCCCACGUAACUCGAGCCAA